UGAGCUCCUUGAAGACUGCGGUAAGGGGUGAUGGAAAGAGGAUGCCUUUGCGGUGUACCGUCAGGAGGAGCUCGGGCAUGACGACGGCUCUCUCUCAGUUUUAAGUCUGGCUUGUGUGACAUCUGAGGUAUGCAGUCAUGGGUGUUGACGGCUUGAACGUGGCAGCCAUUCAGGAAUACCUUAUGUACCGUCUGAAGUUCUUACGGGAAAGGAAGACCACGGCGAUUGGGGAUCUUCUAGGUCUUCUCGUGCUAGGUUUAUGCAUAGCCCAGUGCCAUGCUGUGGGCCCGAGUAUGCAGGAGCUGCUCAGUAGGUUGUGUCACGGACUUACGUGGAUGCUCACUGCGAUUCUGCGGGUUUGCCAGCUGAGUGGAGGGUUAGGGACUUUGGAGACACGCAUAUGCAGCUGGGAAGACCAGCCAUCAGUGGUUGAGUAUGGAAAAGUGCUGGGUUCGUUGCUUGUUGUUACUCGGCAGGUUAUGGUCGAGGGACUGGAAGGGUUCUGUUUCGAGUAACUCGGGGCAGAAGGCCCCAUGGUGCUGCUCCAGCCGAUGUAUCAUCGACAGGCCCUUCUUUUACGAGGAGCAGUCGGGAGGAAGAAUUUUACAUACAUUAUUUU